GUAAGGGCAUAGAAAAACGAGUCAGAUCCACUGAGAGCUCUCCAAGCCUGGAAUGUGCAACGCGAUGGACAAACAACAAAGGACCGGCGAAGGGGAACAAUACGAGGGCGGAUUACUUUGCCGGUUUGCCCAUCUCGUGUUGCCAUACUUAGAACCUGCAGGUCUAGCCUCCGUCUCAGCAACCUGCAAGGCGUUACGUGUAGUUUCCAAGGCUAUUACUUCCAGAAGAAUCUCCGACGCUUCUAGAGGCAUGGAGACUUACCCCAUUUCUUUCUUCAACUCCGUCGACUCCGAACUUUACGCCUACUUCAUCUACUCCUCUGUUCAGACCCUACCCACCUCCCCAUCCUUCGCCGGUCUAUGCUGGGGAGGAGAAAUUGGAGGUUCAGGUCGGGUUAGGCAGCACCCGUUCGUAAUCCGGGUGGAAGGUUCUAACGGGUGCGGGUGUGAGAGUUGCGACUUGGAUUGCCCGUGCAUGGAUUUUUCUUCCGGGUUGCCGACCCGAGAAUGCGGGCCGAGUUGCCAUUGCGGGUCAGAGUGCAGGAACAGGUUAACUCAGAAAGGAGUAUCAGCGAAGCUGAAGGUGGUGAAGGAUAGGAGAAAAGGGUGGAGUUUGGUUGCUGCUGAUUUCACUCCAAAAGGGAAGUUCAUAUGCGAGUACACAGGAGAACUUUUGACCACCGAGGAAGCAAGAAAUCGCCAGAAACUGUAUGACAAAAUUUCAAAGAGUAGCCGCUUUUCGCCUGCACUGCUGGUUGUGAGGGAGCACCUUCCAUCUGGAAACGUGUGCAUGAGAUUCAACAUUGAUGCUACCAGAAUUGGCAAUAUUGCACGUUUCAUUAACCAUUCCUGCGAUGGUGGUAACCUUUGUACAAUGAUAGUUCGAAGUUCGGGAGCACUGCUACCCCGAGUUUGCUUUUUCUCUUCCAGGGAUAUUUUGAAGAAUGAAGAGCUCAGUUUCAGUUAUGGGGAUACUACGCUUAACCUAACAGGCUCUCAAUGCUUUUGCGGUAGUGCAUGUUGUUGUGGGAUCCUUCCAUCAGAGCACACAUGAUGUGGUAAGGUAACAUUCCAUUUCUUUAAACAUUGUGGUAUAUUUAUACUUCGAGGUGCAUUCCUACAUGGGGACAAUGCAUGCCACUAUCAAGUUCAGCUCUAAAGCACAUGGCGUUGAACAUACAAUGCUGUAAUCCAGAAAAGAUUGAAGAGGCCAUCGAAGGGUGUGGUGGAAUAUUAAGAUUCCUUCACUCUUAACCAGUGACUUUCCUUGGUUCGUGCCCUGGGAAUGGAGUCCACUUCGGUAGGGAUGCUAAAAACUCCCCAUAGUGAGCUUUCAGCAGUGUGAAUCAGGAUAAGUCGGGUUAGUGAGUUCUGAACACCGGAUGAUUUGAAUAAAAAAGAAAAGAAAAAUUUGAAGAGUCAGUCCUGCAACUAAAUGUUUUUUUUUUCUGUGCCUGAUAUGACGUUCUGUGACGGCAGAUGCAAGCUAGAUUCACAUUCAAUUGAGAAGGGAGGAUAUUGUGUUGUUGGAAUUUAUCUCCUCAAGGAAAAGAUGCUGUGUUUGUCAAGCUGCUAGACAAAGCUAAUGGAUAAGAAGGCACUAGGUGGACAAGAAAAGGGAGUGGUGGACGAGACAAAAUAUUUGGCACUUUUGUGAUCACUUUGAUGACUGAAGAAGAGCAUGGCAGAACAAUGGAAUUGACAGGUUAUUUAGGAUUUAUAUAUUUGGGAAAGUUAAAAAGAUGUAAGCCAGCAAAGAAAAUGUUCACGUGCUACUGUCAAAUGAAAAACAACCUUGGAAAAAGCACCAUAAUGACAGGGUAUUCCAUUACAACGAUGCAGAUGUAAAGUAUAAAAAGGUCUGACACAAUUGCUAGGAAAAGACUUAUUUGGCUAUUUUGCUUGUUGAAAUGGUGAAAAGAUUAUCCGUCUCAAUGUGGACUUCGUCGUUGGAAGAUUUGAAGAACUGCAGCUACCCAAAGUUGAACUCUAAUGGACAAAGAAAGAAACAAUGCUAAUGAUUUGCGAAUAUUCAGAAAUUAAGGGACCACUGAGAAGGUAACUAUCGAAAUUCAGAUACAAUUCCAACAGUUUCUUCAUACAUGAAAUAAAGAAGGAAAGAAAAGCAUCUUCUGGGGUUGGAUCAAGUAAAAGAAAAAAUUCCAUUUUGUGGUAAAACAAACAUGAACUUGACAAGAAUUUUGAGAAUUUCUUGAAUUUAACGACUUUUAUUCAAAAUCCGAAGCAUGACAGAAACCAAACUUAUAGUCCUAUUGUAAAAAAUGGCAAGAGUAGAUUACAUCACUGUUUCAACCAAGUUAUGGUGGUUGACUAGGGUGUCUAUUGAUUAAUUCGGUUUUAAUUGAAGUAUUUGCUGCUGUUAGCUAUUAUACUUGCUAAAUUCUACAGUUGAGGGAGAUAAAGUUGGGGAAAGGAAUAAUAGCAUUCUCCUUGGUUUUGCAAGUCAACAAGAAUUGAUGGCAAGAGGAGUCACUAGAAAUAGUUGAAGAAAAAAAUAGACACUUCCAAGCAGAUGAUUAUGAUAAUAAAGAAGAAAGCUAAAAGGGUACAUGGAAAGGUGAUUGUGAAGCAGAAGCCAUUUGGCACAUGCCUCCGAAGCUGAAAAAAGAUGCUGGUGACUGUUGCUUAAGCAUUCUUUGAUUGGAGUUCAUGAAAGUGUUUGACCAAUUACAACUGCUGACUCAAAUAAGUGGAAGGGACUAACUGGUGGAGCUUGUGUAGUUUUAAACAUAUCACUUGGGAAUUCAGAUUAGACAAAGAGAAAGCAAACGAAGUAACCAGUACUGGUCCAUUAGAUUGGGGAAAAGUUAGUGCUAAAGAGAACAAGAAAUAUCAAAGACCUGGAAGGAGAAUACAAGGAUAUUGCCUAAGAUGUCUAGAAAGUAGCCUAAAAUUUACUAGUGGAAAUCUGAAGAAUGAAACCCAGCAUGACAUAGAGCAACAGCAAGGAAUUGUUUUUGAGGGUUAAAAAUUGAUUGCUUAAGGAUGAUGAUUCUUUUGGGUGUAAGGUUAGUUUUGCUUUGAUCGAUCUCUCUUUUACAAUUAUUUGUACUUGUAAGAGCUUUUGUGUAAAUGUUCUUUUACCUCUGCAAAUCUCUCUAUUCCCUGUCAAAAGAGUAUUUAUUUGACUUCUAACAAAAUUGUCUUUUGACUUUUAUCUUCAGAUUGUAAUAGCAAUGAAAGAACAAUUAUAAUA